GAAUUCUGGGUGUCUCAUUUCUCCAUUCGAGCAGUUAAAAUGGCUCCGCCUGAAGAUACAGAUUUAUCUGCUGGACCUGUUUCGGAGAAUAUUGUUCCUCCUAGCUACGGCGAAGCGUGCACCAUCAAUGUCUUGAUCACAGGCGAGUGCCAGCAGGGCAAGAGUACGUUGAUCCGUCACCUUGCUCGAUACGCCGAUCUUCCAAACUUCUCCAUUGGCAUUGGCUCCGGAAAUAAGGCCUAUACAAUGGAGGUCGGCAACUACGACAUGCCCGUCACCUUGCGGCGUUAUCAGCUAGUCGACUUCAAUAACCAGCCCAUUCCGCCCAGAGAAUAUUCCGACCUUGCCGAGCUUGAUGAUUUUGAAGCUAAGGCUGUGGAGGUGAGAGAACCGAAUGCGCCGAAAUUUAUGUUCCGCUUCAUCGACACACCCGGCCUGGACGAUACUGCUGGCGAAGACUUCUCGAUCAUGAACAGAAUCUUGGGCCGUGCCUGUGACCUCAAAUACAUAAACGCCCUGAUAUACGUGCGAAGCGUUGACCAGCCCUUCGGCUCCUCGUUCAAAAAGUUCUUCAGAUAUAUCCAGAGAUCCAUGCCAAACCUUUGUAAUGGUCUCAUCGUCGUCCACUCUUUCUUCACUGUGGACAGGGUUGAAGAAUUCUUGAAUGAAAACAAACUGCUGGAGGAAAUAAGGCGCAAGGGCUUUGAGGCUUCAACUCAGCUUGAACUCCAGCACUUUUUCAUGGAUAAUUCUCCAGAUCCUACUGCUCCUUUUGCCGUAAUGCAGUCAUUGAACGAGACGUAUCGACUGCUCCUACAUAUUUCUUCUCAGAUACCAUUACCUGUUAAGAACAUCAACCUCAUAAAGACAGACGCAAUGCGAUCCGUGGACAUCCACAUUAUCAAUGCCCUGAAAAAUCUUGCUCGCAGGUUGGAGAAGGAGUGGAAGUUAGGACAAAAUACUGCAGAGACCCUGAAAGCUAAUGCCAUGUCAGCACAAAGAGAGAUCAGCAGGCUGAGGAACAGGGUUCACAUGAAAAAGGAAAAAAUUGCCGAACUCAAGACUGGUGACGAGAUCCUCUUAGGAACUAAGAGCUGUGUGGAGCGUUACAGCUUUGUUGGGGAUCUUUUAUUCCAAGGCAACCUCAAUGUCGGCAGUCGCCCGCUGGAAUACGAUUCAGACUACAUCAUCUCCUCAGUACAGAAGAGUUGUUCUGGCGGAAGCAAGUGGCUUGAUGAAGACCUACGGGGAACCAGCUGGCGUGGGAAAAUCACUGCAAAUCUCUUCAGGGAUAUUGAUGGGACGGCGACAUUCUAUACGACUAGUGAACUGAAGCAUAAGAAAGAAAUUGAGACGUUGGAAGCUGCUGUACUGGAGUUGCAGGAUAUGCUCGCGACACAGGAAGAGAAUCUGGCCAGAAACACUGACGCUGGUAGUUCUGACUCGAGGCUAGCGCAACUGGGUGAUAAUGUUGCCAAGGUAGAAGAGCUUACAGAGAUAAUUGAGCGGGACUCAUUCAAUGUUGCUCUUUGGCCAUUGCUACGGGGGUUCUACACCCAACACACCGUCCCAACUUUUGAAAAUAUCAAAGAGUUUGUCCAGGUCUAUGACAUGAAUAUCAGUAAGCUGCUAUAAUUCGGAUACCGUCUAUAGUUAGCAAAACUGCUUGGGAAAUUCGUGACAGGUACCUACGAUGCGCCCGUCUAAAUUGACUUUAACUAUGGGUGUUACAAAACAUUCUGCUAUUGUAUAUUAAUUUCGAAUUUUGAUCUUGGGUCUACCUUCUGG